AUGGGUCAGAAGCUACUCGGGAUUCUGUACGGAUUCCGAUAUGGAACGGAUGGAACACUGGAGAAAGCCAUCGUGGCAGAUACUCUAUCAUAUGAGUGGCGAUAUCACCUCUCUGGUGCGGCCCAAUUUCCUUUUGAGGGCCGUGGUCACUGUAUCGUGCCGUGGGACAAGAACAGAGGCCUGUUAUGGUACUCGAAUGAGGUCGAGCAUCUUGCGUUCCCUAGAGUUGUCAACUGGUCAGACGAUUUGGAGGAGUCCAAGACUUUAUCCGGAUACCUCGUGCAUCAAAUAUGCUGGAAGCGUCUCUCUCGUAUGAUAGGGCGAGACGCGGAAUCUCAUCUGAGGUGUCUCUACCACAUCCUUCGAAGCAGGCCAGGUCUUGACAGAUGGAAGAACACGAUCACUCGCGGGCUUAAAUUUUAUCCUGUCAAAGGUAUUUAA